AUGAACGUGGCAGUGGAAAGCCUGAGCAUCACUGUCGCAGGUGGCAGGAAGCUGUUGGAUGAAGUGAACUGUGUGGUUCAGGCAGGAGAUAUGGUGGCUUUGAUGGGUCCUUCGGGGGCCGGCAAAACCACGCUGCUCAACAGCAUCGUGGGGAGAACCAUUUCUGGACUCACUGAAGGGGGCAUCUACUACGAUGGUGCCACGUUGUCCAAAGUCAGGAGCAGCGUUGGAUACGUCACCCAGGACGAUAUCAUGUACGAGACCCUGACGCCACGGGAGAACUUGACCUUUGCGGCCGCCUUCAUCUUGCCAAAGCUUUCUAAAGAAAGCCGCCAGAAGGAGGUGGAUAGCGUUAUCGAGAAGCUCAACCUGAAGAAGUGUGCAGACACCGUCGUGGGUUCUCCCGGCCUCGUGCGCGGAAUCUCCGGAGGAGAAAGGAAGCGCACGAACGUGGCCCUGUCCCUGUUGGGAAGCCCUUCUCUGCUGUUGCUGGAUGAGCCUACCAGUGGCUUGGACUCCAAGAUGUCCGACUCCCUCAUGAGAGACGUGAAGCAGAUCACCGAGCAGGGCUGCACGGUCGUCGCCACAAUCCACCAGCCUUCGGAAGCCGUCUUCACGCGCUUCGACAAGGUCUUGCUCUUGGAGACUGGGCGUGUGGCGUACUACGGGGCCAUCUCCGGCUUGCGAGGAUCUCUGGGCGGCUUGGGCUUCACAUGUCCUGAAGGCACCCCGCUUCCGGAGAUCCUUCUGGAUCUGCUUGAAGUGCCGGCGGAGGAGGCUUCGCGUGCGGCUCACACGGAGAAGUUGCAGAAGUUGAAAAAGCUCUCGGACACCACUUCGCUGGAUCGCGGCUCGCCCACGAAGUCAGAAGCGCCUCCCAAGAGGGCUGGAAUCUGUGGGCAGGUGGCCGUACUCUUCAAGCGGGAGCUGGUCAACGUGAAGCGGAACAAAGCCCUGACAGUCGUUCGUGCUGUCCAAUCGGUCGCUUCCGCACUUUUAAUCGGCUUGAUCUUCCUGCAGCUGGAGCGCAACAUGUCAAGCCUCUCUCCACGCUUGUUCUCCAGCUUCCUGCUCGUCUUUGCUCAAUUUCUGUUUGCUCUGCUGGGGGUCGUCAACGCCUUCCCCGCAGAGCGUGCUGUGUUCUUGCGCGAGACGCAGGACAAGCUCUACCACCCAGCGGCGUUCUACUUGGCUAAGAUUUCCAUCGACACCCUGAUGCAAUGCCUCUUCCCCAUCCUCGUGGUGGCCAUCAGCUACCCACUAAUUGGCUUCAACGGGGAAUCAGCUGAUCGCGUUCUUUGGUUCUAUGCCAUCAUGGCUGUGGUUUCCAAUUGUGGAGCCGGGGUGGGGUUCAUGGUCUCGGCCGCCGUGCCCAGUGUGAACCUGGCCCUCUCCAUUGCACCCGGCUUGAUAAUGCCACAGCUCUUGCUGUCGGGCAUCUUCAUCAAGGUGGAGGACUUGCCGCAGCCCUUCAAUGCCCUGAGCUAUCUCAUGGUCGCCCGGUAUGCCGUCCAAGCUACCGUCGUGAAUGAGUUCACCUGUGAGCCCAAAUCGUUUUGCGAUCCCGCGGUGUGGCGCCAAAGCCCAGCAGACCAGUGCGGCAACUCUCCCUGUGAUUUCUGCUGCACCUCGCAUGAGAUGAUGGCAUCUGGCGGCAUUUGCCCUGUCUUAUCCUGUGACGAUGCCUUGGUCAGUCUUGGGAUGGAUGAGAUUUGGCCGAGAAGCGACACCUCAACCGAGGAGACCAUCUUCUUCAACAUGAUCGCCUUACUGAUUUUGAUGUGCUUCUUCCGGCUGCAGGGCCUGAACAUCUUGAUGUGUAGCUACCGCCGUGCAACCACCGGCCGUUGCUUACCAUGCCUGCCAUUCCGUACGGCUGCGGCAGUGGAGCCGCGGCCAGCAGGACCCACAUCUGACACGGAGUGA